AUGGCCAUGAAAACUGCCGAAACCGGAAGUGACGUAUCGGCCGAGAAAGAGGAAACAGGAAGAGAUCAGAAGGAGGCAGGGUAUCUCCGCUACCAUGGAGAAUACCCGCGAAAAUCCAAGCAUAAACAGCUGUUUUCACAAACGAAGAAGGGUAUUUAAAGCAGGAAAGGAAGUCCAGGAAAACAUCACAGAAUUUAACCAGCCGAAGAAGCCAUCCGGCGAAACGCGUUCUGGAAAGAGAAGUGAGCACUGAAAACUCCAUUUUGGAUUUUUAUUGGACUUUUUCUUUAGCCUUAUAAGUGUUUUAUUUUUUCAUAUAUAUAUAUUUUUAUAGGUAUUUUUAUAAUGUGUAAUAAUUUUUAUAGCUAAUAAAUGAUAUAUAUUUUUUGACACACUUAUGGCUUUUUUCCUGCUAAUAUAAAGAAGGAGUGUGGUCCUUAAACCACAUAUGCGCAGUGAAGUGAGCCUAUAGACUGGCUCUGGGUUUGUGAGUACCUCAUUUACUAUCUUUAAAUACUCAUAAUAAUACCAACUAUACUACACUAUAUACCCCCUCCUGUAUCCAUAUAGGACUGGAUUAAAGAAAGGAGAAGAAGGGAGAGGGUCGCCUAUACGGAUCCUAAAGCGCCUAAAUUCUGAACUAGAUUUAUAGCUCAGAAAAUUGUGAGUUGCCAUUUGGCCCUUACUUUAAAUUUAUUUUCAUCAAUGUACAUACAAUCUGCACUAUGUUAUGUAUUUUUCUUUGUUUUACCUUAAGGUUAACAAGAAAUAAUUGAUUAACAUAGAAGGAAAAAUUGGGUAAACUUUUUUCAUAUUCAAUUCUGCACAUAAGCGCUACACCGGUACUGCCUACUACUUUCUAUCAUGAAGUGGUCUGGGUGCCUAGAGUGGUCCUUUAAGUGCAAUAAAAUAUAUAUUUUUUUAAUAUAGAAUUUCCUUUUAAUUUUUAUUUAUUUAUAUUGCAUUGGUCACAAAUGAUGUGCAAUUAAUAACAUAUAUUCUUCUAAAGUAUACUAUUGACUUCUCUUUUUGCUUUGCUUAUUUAAACUGUUCAUCCAGGUUAAAAUUAUGUAAAACAAUAAACUAUUUGUGAAAUAUUAACCCCUUAAAUACCACAUUCAUAUUCCCAUUAAAGGUUACAGUCUGAUCCCUAAAGAGCUUGUGUUAGUGUGGCAUGCUUAUUUUGCAGUUGUUGUUCUAUAUAGUUAUCUACUGUAAUCAUCAAAUUAAUGGGUCAUAAUCUAUAUCAACUCUUAAAAGACUGCUUUGUUAGAAAAAAAAAUAUUUUUAUCAGAGGUCCUUAAGGGUUUAUUCUAUUUUAAAUGUAACCUUUGUCUUUUUCGUUAAUAUCGUGUAGUGAAAUUCUUUGGCAGCAUUAUACUUCAUUUCCAAUGUAUUUGUAUCCCAUGGGCUUAACAGUUGACAUAUUGCUAUGUAAGUUAAUGACUAUUCAUCAGUUUGAAUUUCACAUUGAAGAAACAUGAGAAAAUGUCUGCACUUUAGUCAAACUGUAAUUUGAUUCAUUGAUUCGUUAAAAAGAAAUCAAAAUUGACAGUUUUUUUUACAUAUCCUUCAUAUGUCUGAAUAUUACUCUGGGUAUCCAUGCAUUGCUUUCACAUCUUGACUAAAUCAUCCUCCGGGCAUUAAUCUGGCUGAUAAUAGGAUAUUUUUGUUUAUUUAUUGCUGUAAUUCAUAAAUCGAGACUGCAGAUGAAAACAUGUAGAUUAUUUUUAUAUGAUACAAACUAUAAAGAUGGUGGAAAUACAAUUAUAUAUAAAUUAAAGGAACACUAUAGGGUCAGGAAUACAAACAUGUAUUCCCGACCCUAUAGUGUUAAAAACACACUUGGGUCCCUUUCCCCCCUUUGCCCUCCUUAAGUAAGUAAAAUAACUCACCUUUUUUCCAGUGCUGUGUGGGUCCGCCGGUGCUGCCCCCGCCACCCAUCCACCUUCUUUGCUGACAUCAUCAGAAGUGAUGAUCUCAGCCAAUCACUAUGCUUUCCUGCAGAAAGGCAUUGGAUUAGCUGAAAUUGUGAAUUGUGAUGAUCUCAGCCUAAGAGGCAGGGCAGGGGCAGAUCCAAACGCCGCCCUAGCCAAUCAGCAUCACCUAAAUGGGGAUCAUUCAGCAUCUCCACGCUCUGCAUGGCAGUGUUGCACACUGUGCAGCACUGACCCAGGAAGCACCUCUAGUAGCUAUCAGAGGAGUGGCCACUAGAGGAGUUCCUAGGCACACCUAAACACUGCCUGUUAUUUCAGAUACCAGAUUUCGGUUCCUCCCGAACUGCUAAAGGCUGAGUGAUUAUAGUUCGCAGUUCGAGUGUUGAUUUGCAGUAUUCAAGUAAAUUCUCCAAGCAAUCAGACGUAUACCCAAACAUCAGCCUAACUGGUCGGUUUAUAUGCAAGUCCCCAUGCAAGGGCUUUACCGUGACAUAUUCCAGGGGCAUUCUCAACUGGACCUGAGAGGGGACUAUGGCAAAGUACACACUGUAAUUACAUUGGCUCUCAGGUCCAGGACACUCCCACACAAAACAGGAUAAAUCCAUCCCUUGUGCCUGGGAGAUAAUUGAUACAGGAACUGUACUAAACUCAAUUAUCUCCAGGCACAGAAACAUAAAUUUUAACAACCCUAAAGUGCCCCCAAAGCACAUAUCCCCUGAUAGCCCCAAUCUGGGGGACCAACAUAUCCAAAUAUCACCCAGAUCGGUUCAGGGGUCCAGAAUUUCCAUGGAAGUCAUAAUUUGACCGACCGCACACGAGGCUCCUGCCCAAAAGAGUUCCAUGAAAUCAGGCUGUGUGGUCGGUCUCUUUCGGGAGCAUAACACAGUAAAGGAGUUUGAGCAUGCGUGGGAUAGGCAUAAGGCUAUCCUAACUAUAAGAUAAGGCUAGGGACUAAUGAAAGAAUUUAGAAAAUUGGGCAGACUAGAUGGGCCGAAUGGUUCUUAUCUGCCGUCACAUUCUAUGUUUCUAUGUUUCUAUAAACUACAGUAAAAGUACCGAAAUUGGCGGUUCAUCGGUAUGCUUAGUCUAUGUCCUUCGUUCAGGAGCUUUCUCCCAUCGAACGCCAUUCAAUUCUCACACGUCUUACCGAACUUCGAUGGAAGUGGAAGUUCUAGUGGUAUUCGCGUGUCUGAUUUGAGCUCCAUGCACUCGACGGCCAAACACCGCUCUAUGUCUUCACGGCUAAAGAUGCAGAUAACGAGGUCAAUAAGUUUAAUAAGCAGCACACGUUUCCCACGAGUGGUCCAAGAAUUCGGGAGUUGGUUCGGUACACGAAAACAAUACUCCUUAUACGUUCGGUAAGCCCCAUAUACCGAACCAUAUAAGUCUAAAGGCACGAACAGAGCAUUUUUAAAGUAUAUUAGCCAUGGUCAAUUGCAGGGGCCACAGUCCUGAGGCAAGAGGCCGGCCAGCAGGCCCCUUCAAGAACCCGUGGCGAGGUUCAAUUUGUCACACUGCCUUUUCUCUGAAAUAUCUGCAGGGACUGACAAUACUCACCAGAUCAACUAAAAUAAGCUGUAGUUGUUCUGGCGACUAUAGUGGUCAUUUAAGCAAAAAUGAGAGCCAACUGUUUGCAGUUGUAGAUAGAUAGAUACAUUAUAGUCUUAUCCACUGACAGAAAUAAUUUAUUGUGGAUGACACUGUACGAUAGGACUGAGAGUCCACAACUGCUGGUUCCUAUUGGUUGUCUCUUCCAGUUGUAGAGGCAUUUGACAGAUCAUUUGAUGUGGUUUGCAUUUCAUGAUUCUCAGCAGUGGUGUAUUCUGGUUUUGUGCCGCCCUAGGCAUGACAAAACUUGGGCACCCCCUCCAAAUUUCUCUUCCUGACAGACACACGCCCUCACUGAUACAUGCACUGACGUACACUCACUUACAGAUACACAGUCAUUGUCACACACACUGUUUAACCAACACACACUUUCAACACACACUGAAACAUACACAUUAACAGACAUAAACACUCACUCAUUCACAAUUACACACACACUCACCUACAGACACACAUAUACACUAGCUGACAGACAUGCAUUCACGGACAGACACAUACACCCUCACUGACACACGAACUCUCACUCAGUAUCAGACACACACACUGAAACACACUUAUACUCACUGACAGAUACACACUGACAAACAUACAUACACACUCACUGACAGUCAUAUAUACACUCAGUGUCAGACACACACAUUCACUAACAGAUAGACUGACAGACAUGUACAUUCACUGACAGACAUACUCUCAGUGUCAGACACGCAUACAUACACUGACAGACACGCUGAAACAUGCAUACAUUCACUGACAGACACGCAUACACACACUGACCGACACGCAUACACACAUACACACACUGACAGACACACACUCUCAGUGACAGAUACACACACACUGACAGACACACAUACACUCUCAAUGACAGACACACACACUCUUAGUGACAGACACACACACUAUCACUAACAGACACACACACGCUCACUAACAGACACACUAACAAAGUGGCAACACACUAACUUAUACAAACACACUCACAAUUUUUUUUACUCACUUUUUAAGUUGCUGGAGUGUAAUGUUCCCCCAUUGGGUCCAGUGUGGCUGAUUCGGCAGGCGCGGGCAGUUGGGCAGGCAGGUGAACGGAGGAGGCAGGUGGCGAGGGAGCUCAAAUCCUCUUGCUCAGCUCCCUUGUGCACCUCUUAGUGAUGCCGGGGCCGGAGCUGAGCAGGUAGAGCUCAGGCGACAGUGCUCUCUCACCGCCCACCUCCUCCUGAAGAGAUGCCAGUCUCUGGGAGCCCUGAGGUGGCCAGCCAGCCAGCUCUCAGGUCCCCCAGGACAAGAGGCUAGCAAGGUAUUUGCCAGGGCAUUUGGGGGGGAGGCUUUUUUUGCCACCCCCCUUAAAGUGCCACCCAAGUCAAAUGCCUUUUCUGCCUCACAGAAAAUACAGCGCUAAAUCUCAGGCAGCCAUUGUAGCACCGCCAAAUGUUUGCCAUCACUUUCCCAUAAGCUGUAUCUGCAAUCUACUCAUUCACCCUGAGCAAAUCCAACACAAAUGCCAGCUUUAUUGGUAAUGAAAGUUUUAGCAUGCUGUGCAAUUACUGCUUGUAUUGCUUUUCAUUGCGGUCUUACAUUUAUUUAUCAUUGUGUGCAUAGAGCUUCCAAAUUCAAUAAAGCUUGAAUAAAAGCAAACAGAUGCCAUUCUAAGGUAAUAACACAUUUCUUUUCUGCCCAAUCAUUACUAGUCCAACUGCAGCAUUAUUACCUCAGCAGGCUGAUACCUACACAAUUUUAUUUGAAAGAAAAUCCUCUGUGCAAUGCUUGUAGAUGGCUUGUGUGUGCAAAGGACCCAUUCACAUAUCUAGGCAUAGUUCAUCAUAAUGUGUUUUCUUUGUAUGAACAUUAUGAGAGAGUUUUUAAACAUGGGAAGUAUUAACUACUUUGUAUAAUUAAAAUACAUAUAUUUAAUGAACAAAAUGGCAAAAAUAUAUAAUCUUGUCUAAAGAAGAGGAAUGGAUAGUAUUAAAUCCAAAUAAAAAAGACUGCUGCUCUCAACCUCCACACUCUACCACCAAACCCAGCAAUAUAUCUUUACUAAAAAAAAAGAAGUAGCUUUUGGUAAUUCAUAAGAAACGUGUUUUACUAACAGUUUUUAUUUGUAUUGGCAUAUUAUUACAACCAAACUUGUCUACAAGCGCUUAAGUGGUAUUGAAAUGUGAAUAUCAGUGAAAGAAAUAGCACUGUGACCCUUUGAAGACUAACAAUUGUCCUGUUUUUGUCUCUACAUUUUUUUCCAGAUACUAUGCAACAGUUCAUCCAUUUAAGAAAAGGAUAUCUGUUACAACAUGUGUCUAUGUCCUUGGUGGUAUCUGGCUUCUUUCCUGUGCCUUGGUAGGACCUGCAAUUGUACAUACCUAUCAUAUAGAAUUCCAGCAGGAAGGUUUUACCAUAUGUGAAGAAUUUUGGGUAGGCAAAGAAACUGAGAGGCUGGCCUAUGCUUACAGCACCCUGAUAAUUACUUACAUCCUACCUUUAUCGGCAGUAUCCUUAUCCUAUAUCUGCAUUACUGUCAAGCUGAAGAACAGGGUGGUCCCUGGCCACCCCACCCAGAGUCAGGCUGAAUAUGACAGGCUCCGCAAAAGAAAAAUAUUCAGGCUUAUUGUCCUGGUGGUAACAGUCUUUGGGAUCUGCUGGCUCCCCAUUCAUGUUUUCAACAUUAUUCGGGAUAUUGACAUCAAUCUUAUCAACAAGCAUUACUUUCUGCUGAUUCAACUUUUCUGCCACUGGUUUGCCAUGAGUUCCUCCUGCUGCAACCCUUUCUUAUAUGCCUGGCUGCAUGAUCGAUUCUGUAGUGAGUUGAAGAAGAUGUUUAUGUUUAAGCGUAAUAUCAUUCCCACCAACAAUUGUGUGGAUGUCAAUGUGAUGCUGUGA